GGGAAAUAUCAAAAGGACUGGAUACUCACUGAGCACCAAAGGGCCCACUAUGUCUCCCAAGGGCCUUGGCCCUCAGGCCCUCCUUCUCCUGUUUGUCCUCACAGUUGCCACCCUCUGCCCAAACAGCGAAGCCACAACUUACGGAGACUUUCUGAAAAGGCACUUGGACAACCCCAAGUCCGACUUCCAGAAUGACAACACCUACUGCAACCUGAUGAUGAGCCGGAGGAACCUGAACUGCCAGCGAGGCAACACCUUCAUCCAUGCCAGUGAACAGCAGCUCAUCUCCAUCUGCAAUUCCAGGGGGAAGGUCCUGGAGGGGAACCAAACCAGCAAGACCCUCUUCCCGAUCACCAUCUGCACCCUGUCAAAGGGCCCGAGGAGGGUCUUUUGCAGGUAUAAUGGGAAAAGCAAAAUCAGGAAGAUCCGGGUCACCUGCGAGAAGGGCCUCCCUGUCCACUAUAUUACCCAUGCUUAA